AUGAAAUAAUCCGUGACCACAGACCCAAAGAGAGAGGGGGAAAUUAUACCACUAGUACCAAUAAUUUGUAUCAACAGUAUAAUAUUGGGGGCAAAUCUAAUUAAUGUAUGGCUUAUUGGUAACAGAUUAUUGAAAAUAGAAUGUUUGAUAUUUAGAACACUUUCCACUUUUAUUUCUGUGAUGCUCUGAAUUGAACGCGAUCGCCCCUGCGUUGAGAAAGUAGAACUACUAGCACUGCCAAUCUGUUACUGGUUGUCUACUUCCGCCUUCUCAUCCGCAAGUGAGAGGCACCAACAAUGUCCAGUUACUCCAGAGUAAUUAAUCAUGCCACCAGUAUAUUAUGCAGCAACAAAGGUUCCCUGGCCUUCCAGCAAUUGCACAGGAAAGUAUUCCAGCGUGUUGAAAUAACUGAGGACGACUUUUGGUACAUUGUAAAGAAGUGUUCUCGGUUUGUUGUGGUGCGGAACCGAGAGAGAACGGACGAAUGGGGAACUGACUGUGUGAUUGUCGCCAAAACGUCGCUGCGACUAUGCAAAAAUUACACAAAACAAGAUUGCAGAGAUUGCCAGGAGCUUCACCUUUGCAAAUAUUUUGUUUAUGGAAACUGUAGAUUUGGGAAAGGCAGGAAGCAGUGCAAGUUCUCACAUGACGUGCGUUCAGAGCAUAACUACACACUCCUGAGGGAGUGCACUCUGCAUGAGCUGCACGAGGAUGACUUGUUCCUGUUACUGCUGCAGAAUGAUCCCACCCUGCUGCCGGAGGUGUGCUCUCACUACAACAAGGGCUCCGGGCCCCAUGGCGCAUGUACCUUCAGGGAUGGCUGCACCAAGAUGCACAUGUGCAUGCACUUUGUGCAGGACGACUGUAUGUUCGGGUCUAAGUGCAAGAGGCAGCACGUCAUCGACCAGCAUGGCCUUCGCAUGCUGGAGGAGAGGGGCCUCAGCGGUGACAUCAUCAAAGACCUGCCUUUCGUUUACCAGAACCUCCACCGCCUCAACACACCCACUACACCCUACAAUGCUAAAGAGCAUGUAGGUGAGCUGGUCUCCAGGCCUGUGAUCAAGAAAGAGGACAGGAAGGAGAUUUGUCUGCAUUUCAUACGCAGGAACUGUAGAUUCCAGGACCAGUGUAUCCGUGUGCAUUUUAACCUGCCUUAUAAGUGGGAGGUGUUUGAUGGGAACAACUGGAUACACCUGCAUCACACUGAGGACAUCGAGAGAGCCUUCUGUGAUCCCCGGAACACACACAGUCCAGGAUCUCGGCCAGUAGACUUCCUAACGAUGACACAGGAAUCGGACCCCGUGCGGCGCCUCUCCACGGUUUCCUCUGUAACAAAGCCGGCUCACUACAUCCUGACCACUGAAUGGCUGUGGUACUACAAGGGCGACCACGAGAACUGGAUUGAGUUUGGAAGACCUGACGAUAAACAGCGUAUGACCUCCCUCUCGUCCCGGGAGCUGGAGGAAGCGUACCUGGCAGACGGGUCUGCUGAGGUCACCAUUAUGAAAGGUCACCGCAACUACUACCUCAGUUUUCAAGACAUGUACCAGCGGAACCCCAAACACAACACCAAGAGGAGGGUGCGUCGCCGACCACGAUUCAUCUCCAUCAUGGAAGUGGAGAACAAGACUGCACCCUAGAGAGAGAGAGAGAAGGGAGCGAGAGAAAAUAAAGAGGAGGAAUAAAUGGGCAGAUCUGUUCCUCUCUGAAUGAAUGGAGUACCAUUACUCUGGAUCUGGUGAGUGGGGAUAAAUUGGACUGGCUGACUCAAUACCACAGGGAUGACUACCUGGUACAGCCAUGAAGAGCCAGCAACAGGAAAUCACAGUGUGUUGCUAAUUUAAAAUAAUGUUACUGAUGUAAUAUGCAUUUCGUUUGCAAUUACUUUCUUUUUUUUGCUCAUUGGAAAAUCCGGUGCUCUCAGAUGGUGUCUGUUUUUACGUUUCCUGUAAUCAAGUAUCAAUACCUAAAUUACAACUCGUCUUUUAUGUACAAACUGUCUGACUGUAGACAAAUGAAGUAUUUAAAUGUUUCUGUAUAUUUUAAAAUUUUGAAUAUCUAUCACGUUUUGAGUUCAUCGCAGUCUAGUAUAUAACUCUAUUUCCUAGCAUGCAUCUCUAUAUUUAUGUGAAGAUGUGAUAAUAAAACUAUAGACUGGUCUGGCA